GCGCAUACGACUGCCGCCUGCGAAACUUCUUGCUAAAUUUACCAGUCGCCAACGGCCAUGGCGGACGAGCUCGAGCGCGAGAUCUUCGCGAUGGAGACGCGGCUCCUCGAGGUGAAGCUCACGAUGGAGACCGAGAAGGUCAACUGGGAGCGCGCAAACAAACCGACCAAGAAGACCGGGACGCACUGGAAGCGAGCAGCAAAGACGCCACCGACGUCGGCGCCACCGGUCCCCGUGCUCCCAACCGAGAAGCCGCGACCGUCGGGUGUGCCAAAGCGAUCAAUGAACGCGCUGCUUCGGCGACCCACAAGCGAAUGGAACACGGUCGACGUUGUCGCGUGGCUCGAGCACUUGCAGUUCUUAGAGCUCGCACGCCUCGCCGGGGAGAGUGGUGUCAACGGCACGCAGCUCCUUGGCGCGCACUUGGGGCUGAGCGAUCUGCAUCUCCGCCAGCUCUUUCGCAUCUCGCUGGUCGACUCGUCCUGGAAAGCGUUCGUGCGGGAGGUCGCCAGCCUCCAUCGGCGUCAUGUUGAGACGCAGCUCCCGUCCGAGCCACGCAUGAUCCCCACCGACGUCUCGCUGCCGACGAUCGCUCCGCCGUCCCGCAAGCAGAAGCGCGUCAAGAAGACACAACCUUUGGCGGCGUGCUGGAUCUGCGCCAAGGUGUGUCCUCGCCCGCCCGCCAACAAGGAUACAGUCUUUUUCUGCUCUGUCGAGUGCCAAGUCCGCGCCCAACACUGCCAAAUCCACGUGUCCAACCAUAUGGACAACAACAACGCCACCGAGACACCUCGCGCGACCAAAACGCCGCUGCCGCGACGCCCAAAGCCCUCUGGGACAUCCUCUUUUGCGCCUGCGACGGCAAAGCCGCGGGGACACGUGCCAUCUCCAGCCGAAGCGAACCUCGUGCUCACGUCGCACUGCUUGCAACCUCCGGUUACGUCAUUCCCGCCCCCCAAGGUUCACCACGCCAGCGCGUUGAAGCCACCGGCGAUGACGCGCCCUCGCCGCCCGCGGCCGAGCCCCGCUGUGCAGUUUGAGGUCCGACCCUCCAACCAGGCGUCGCAGCAACACACCAAAUACCGACUCGACCCCGCUAUGCAGCAAGCGCGAACGCUCUCGUCGACGUUUCUACCUAUCGGCGGCAAUGCGACCAAGCGUCCCCUCGUGCACCACCUGCUGCCGUACCUGCGCAUGGGGGGGUGGAGCGCCCUCUUGGCACUGAACCGGGCGUGGCAUGACGCGCUGGCGUCAGACGAGAGCGCGUGGAAGCUCAUGGCUGCCGCUCGCUGGGCUCCAACUGGCACGAUCGACGCGCAGCUCAUGGCCGAAUAUCAGAGUCGCAAGCCCGGUAGCUGGCGCAUAGCGCUCGCAAACCUCACGCGCAAGUGCACGCGCAUUGCCCUCGAGAACGUCUGGGUUCUCAACGACGCCGAGACGUGGACGAUGGCGCAUGCCAACCGCGCGAACCUCGUCGACGAACUCGUGCUUUUGGUAUGUGCUACGACGGGGGCUAUCAUUGGCGUCGAGACGAGCUUCAAGCUCAUCCAGGCGAUUGCGCCCGAGGUGUCGACGAUGGACAUUCUGCACCGCCUCGAAACGCAGGCGUACGCGCGGCUGAGCGUCCAGCGACUCUGCCUCUUCCACGCCAGCCGGAUCCCGCUCUUUGACGAGUGGCCCGCCUUUGCGCGGCGACCGCUUGCCACGUUUGAGACGCCAUCGUGGCGCGAGUCGCCCAUGUGCGCCGCCGUCCUACAAGCCACAAGGCGGCGCUAUCGGCGGUGUCUCGCCGACCUCCUCGACGGACUUCUGAAGCGGGCGCGCACGCACAAGCGCAAGGAAGCGAUGGACGCGAUUGAGACCAUGUUAAGAGGUUAAGCUGUACAAGCUAAUAAAUAGGGUUAGGG